UCUUUUUUGACACUGCUGAUUUUCCGUACUGAAACCAGCUAGCAGCUAGCAAGGAAGCGCUAACCCUUUCUCUUCUAACAGGUGAAAGUAAGACUUGUAUAACUUUUCCAAACGUUGCAACUUUUCGACAUUAGUCGCUGAUCAAAUCGGAAAGAAAACAACAAUUAGGCUUCCUCAAUAGCAUCGUCAACAACCAUCAUGGUCCCCACCACCGCCUCUCGCUUCGCCCUGCUUCAGAUCGACUCGGACUCCGACUUGGACAAUUCUGGGGCAGUGAAGAAAGCCAAAAAAGCCGGCUCCAGGAAGCAGCGCCCGGAAAAGUCCGGAGGGGCCAAAGCAUCUCAGGGCAACGACAAGAAGAAAAAUAAGAAGAAGGAACAAGAGCAAAGUGAAGCCAACGAGGUGGCUCUGGACUUUUAUCCCGUCAAGAUGUGGAUUAUUGCGAAGUUAGGAUGGAUAGUUAAAACCAUGACAUUUCUACAGCGCUUUUAUCUGGCAAAGCUUCGCAAUCUGGCCUUCAAGAAGAUCCCGCAGAAGUCCGACAUCCCGCCGCCCACCAUGACGCUCUGGGGAAUAGCCAGUGCGCUCCUCAGGGCCAACCCGGCGCCGAACAGUGCUAAACCAUUGUCACAGGAGGGCUGGCAGGAGUGGAAGCAGAGGGACGACGAGAUGACGUCUGAGAUGUACGAGGCAGACUUGGAGAAGGCCUUGAUUCUGAGCAAACAGGAGUUUGAACAAAACAAACAGCAGGGAGGCAGCAAUAACCACGUGGAGUCGCCAAAGUCUAGCGAAGACGGUGAUGGAGGUGGCAGGACGGAGAAGAAGAAGAGGAGGAGGAGGAAGAAGAACCCGAAAAAGACAGUCUCUCUGCAGGACUUCCAGGCUGAAGGCACCACAGAACCUGCGAACCGGAGACAGGAGAAAGAGGAAGCGUCCAAUACUGCGCUGGGGCUGGGCCAAGAGGACCGUUUCUUUAACAACCUGGAGGACGACCUCAGUCAAAUAGUCCAGCAGGAGAGAAGGCGCAAGCAGUACAAUGGUGACACCUCGGCGGAACAUGAGCCAGACCCUCGUGUCGAGCAGCUGAAAUAUGAGCUGGAGAAGAAAGACCGGGAGAUCCGUGGGCUGAAGGAGAUCAUCGCAGUGUGGGAGGACAAAUACCACGAGGUCAAGGUCAGAAGUGGGCUGUUUCUCAGGAUGCUUCAGCAAGGAGAGAUGAACGACAAAGUCGCAAUCUUGGCGCACGUGCAGGAGCUGCUGGUUAUCAAAGAGGAGCUCUUGUUGCAGGUGACCUCACUACACACCGCACUCGAACAAGAACGAUCUAAAGUCAAAUGUCUGCAGUCUGAGCAGCCCAAACAUCAGGGUAACAAGAAAGGGAAGAAAAGUUCGGAAGCGGAUCGCUGAUGGCGCCUCUUGAAGUCCCAACAACAACAAAAUGUGUUCUUGUUUUGUUAAUUUUUAAGUUGUUGGACUGUCAGCAUGUAGUAAUGCAUGCCUCUCUCUCUCAACGCGUACACACACACGCGCACUAAAUGUUUGUCAGUGCUGCUCCCCUCCGGCACACAUGCAUCGAGUGCCUGUUGUCAGUUCAAAAUGCCAAAAUAUCUGACUGACUUGGUAGUUGAGAAAUGUUUCUAAAUCUUCCACCUUUAAGUCAAUAAACUACUUUUUCAGUGA